AACGCAUGUUAUGUGUUGUCAAGUUGGAUGCCAGACCCGCUUCCCACAUCCCAUUCCACCGCCUCCAAUUCCUACACUUGUCAUAAAUUUCUAGGUCUGAAAUUCAAACAUAGAACCCUAAAUUCAUUCACCAGAUCUUCAUCAAUUCCACGUCGUUAUUAUCCAAAUUGAUCCCCAACUCGUUAAAUCCUAUUAUCGAUCGAAUAAUCGAUCAAUGAUUAUUAUGCUUUGGUAGCGUAAAACAGAAAUUUUGUUCGAUAUGAGCAGGUCUCCUUCGUUUUCACUGAAAACGGAAGUGAGUCCGAGUGUUGACUCACAAUCACUCAAAAAAUGGGUUUUUGCAUUUUGUGCUAUUCGAUUCGAUCUCGAACAAGGCCAACUCGUUGAAGAAUGUUAUCCACAUGGUGUUCUUUCCAGCGAAGAGGAGCUUGAAAUUGCUUACAGUUCCUUCCCCGAUUCCGUUUCGCAGCAUCAAAACCGAUCCAGCAUUCAUGAUUGCAUUUUCUUUUUUCGAAUUUGCAGGCGUAAUAAUGAAUAUUUGUAUGGUUAUGUUUUUAACAGACAGAGACACGAUGAGAGGCUUAAACGCGGUGGCGAACAGAAAUCUGUUGUGAUUUUAUCUCAUUGUCCUUAUUCUAGUGUUUUUAGACCUUUGUUACAGAUUGUAGGUCCUUUGUUUUUCGACAUUGGUAAAAAAGCACUUGAACAUAUUGCUGCUUUUGUUUCAAAAUGGCCACCUCCUGUUCCUGGUCAGGUGAUGGAUCUUCCUAUUGGUAAUGCCGCGCUUAAAGUUAACUUACCGCCUGCUCUUAGUUUGCCUGUUGACGAUUAUGUUUCUUCCGCGGCAACAGUCAAUCAGUCUGUCCUGCAGGGUCUUUUUCAUGACUCGGAUCUUUUUGGAUCGUUUCGUGGACUUUUAUUGCAGCUUUGGUUGUUAUGGGAGUUGUUGCUUAUUGGUGAACCAAUGCUUAUCAUUGCCCCUACGCCUCCACAAUGUUGCGAGGCUGUUGCUAGUCUUGUGAGUUUGGUUGCACCGUUGCUUUGCAGUGUUGAUUUUCGGCCUUAUUUUACCAUUCAUGACCCUAUUUUUGCAAAAUUAAACUCAAUUCAAGAAGGUGAAGCUUUCCCACCAGUUAUAUUAGGUGUGACGAAUCUUUUCUUCCUCAAAGCGCUUCGUAACAUUCCACAUAUUGUUUCGGUUGGAAGCCCUCCUCCUAAUUCAAACCGGCUUGCGCUAUCGAAUAGGUCUUCUACUGGCAGAAUCUCUGGUAGACCUGAAGGUCUUGGGUUUCAACAACUUUCACUAAGAAGGUUCUCUCCUACAAGUUUAUUGAAUGCUGUUAAGAUGCGAAGAGACGGUCCUCUUUGUCUAAUGACUGAACAUAAGGAAGCCAUUUGGAGUACUUAUUCGGCUACGACUAAGCCAGAUACUUCUAUCUUAAACAGGCUGAUAGAUGCUGGGUUGUCACCAAGAGUCGAGGAGUCAAUGUCUGUUGUGAACAAUGAGAUAUUACGGAGACAUUUCUUGGAGCUCACUACUAAUUUCUUGGCGCCCUUUUCCCCAUAUUUCAGGACUACAAUACCAUUAGAAGGAUCUUCUCCUUACACAGACCCUCCUUCUCUACCUCCGUUUGAUGCCAAUGAAUUUCUUGCUAGUCUAUCGGCAAGAGGUCCAGGGAAGUUCAUUUUAAAGCGAAUGAAAUCUAACUGGCUUGACUUAUACAGGCGAUUCCUGAAUGGACCGAACUUUAAGCCGUGGUUUCAAAGAAAGCGUGCUGUUGCUGUGCAAGAGCAAGAUAGAUUGUGGAGGCAAGCAAGGAUAAAAGCAGACAUACAUCAGCUUAUUUCUAAAUUUUCUGAGGUUGAAAUUGUGGAUUCCUUCGGUGUUAUAGAAAGACUUCUCCUCAAAGAAAUACAGAUGCAGCAAUCUGGAAAGGGUGGUGAUGAUUCCACGGUUACAAGUCAGAAAUUAAGAGGAGACCUUCAGGCAGUUUUCAAUGUACUUUCUAAGGACAUGCAACAACUUAUGCUUUCAAAUCCCCAAAGGGCAUCCCUUCUUCAUGAAAGUCCAGAAGUGACAAAACUUCCUGGACAUCCUCUGAUACAAGUUGCAGUUGUGUCUUCUACAUCACCGAGAUAAUGGGAUAAUCGUGAAACAAGUGUUCUUGCUAUCUAGGAUCUUCUCAUGUUGGAGGACAGAUUAUUUCAUACACUACGUCUGUUCUUAUUGAGAAAAGUUCUUUGAUUCUUGACACAGGUUAUGAGUCAACUGCUGUGCAAGAACCACAAUUUAUAUCGGUCAACACACUUGAAGCAGCCGGCGUGGUAUAACUUCCUCUCUCGGCAAACAUGCAUGGAAUUUUUAUGCUGAGCUUAUGUUUGUUGAUUACCUUUGUUGGCAGAGAUUGUGACUUCAUGUUGUUUAUAUUCUGAAUGAUCAAUUGUAAAUUAGUACGUAGCAUUCUUCAAUGAGUUUUUCAGCAAGUUCACGUGGCAACUGUUGACUUGAAUAUUUACCUAGACCAAUUAUGAAAAUAGAGUAGGUGGAGUAUUUUAUUAGACUAAACAUAGAUAAUAGUAGAUAUUUUAUAUGAACUGAAAAUAUAAUUUAUCUUA